AUGAAAAAACAAUUAAUCAUCUUCAUAGCAUUAUGUGUUAUAGCUAAUUGCUAAAUAUUUAAUUAUGAUGAAGAGGUAGCAAAAGAUCUAGCUGGUUUUGCCAUCAUAGCUUAUUGUAAUAAUAAUGGGGUCUUUAAUAAUAAUUGUGGUCCUCCAUGCUAAAGGUCACCUAAAGGCUACCUUGAUUACUAUUUUCUAAAAAGUUAAAAGAUGGAUAUCUAAGGCAUUAUAGGCUAUGCCCCAGACCAUAACGCAAUCAUUUUAACUUUCAGAGGAACGAUGAUACAAUAUUUUGGAAAUAUUAUUAGAGAUGUACAAUUAGAUAAAGUUUCAUUUCCUAUUUGUUAAGUUUCUAACUGUUAAGUUCAUUAAGGCUUUUUUGACUCAUUUAAUGACUUAAAAGACUAGUUGAAAUAUUAAUUAAAAAUAUAUCAAAACAAAUACCCACAAGCAAAAAUUUAUAUAACAGGACAUUCUCUUGGUGCAGCUAUUGCAACAAUUGCUGUACCCUAUGUCUAUUAGUGGAUUGGAAACAAAUAAAUAGAUGCCGUAUAUACAUUCGAAUCUCCUAGGGUAGGAAACAAAGCUUUUUCUGAUUGGUUUACUCAAUAAAAUUUUGCAUUUUUAUAUGGAAGAAUAACACAUGAUCAAGAUCCAGUUGUAUAAUACCCAACAAGUUGGUGGCCUUUGUAUUACUAUCAUACUUAUUAGGAAAUUUAUUAUUCAGAUUUUAGCAAACCUUACAAUUUAUGCUAUAAUCCUGAGGAUACGAAAUGUGGAGCUUAAUAAAACUAUUUUGCUCUAGAUAUUAAUGAUCACAUGAAUUUAUUUGGUUGGAGCCUUUCCUAAGCUGGAUCCCUUUGUUAAGUUUGA